AUGAACUUGCGCGUGAACGCGUCAGACUUUAAAGUCACCCCGCUUCCUUUAACCCUGGACCUCUUUCUGGGUAGAGACGGAGGGAAUGUCUCGCUGGGGUGCAAUGGCAGCGGUUUGGCGAGGCCGCUCAGGAACCAGUCCCACGAAGCGGUGUACGGUGACGAGGCGGGGCUCCUGACACCGCCGUGCAGCUCCGCCCUGGCCGCGGACGCCGCCGGCGCAAAGAACUGGGCGGCGCUGCUCAUAAUGGCGGUCAUCGCGCUGACCGUCACCGGCAACAUCCUGGUCAUCAUGGCCGUGUCCCUGGAGAAGAAGCUGCAGAACGCCACCAACUAUUUCUUGAUGUCACUGGCCGUGGCUGACAUGCUGCUGGGGUUCCUGGUCAUGCCUGUAUCCAUGGUGACCAUCCUGUAUGGAUACAGCUGGCCAUUGCCUCCCACACUCUGCCCCAUCUGGAUCUACCUGGAUGUCCUCUUCUCCACAGCAUCCAUCAUGCACCUAUGCGCUAUCUCGCUGGACCGCUACAUCGCCAUCCGGAAUCCCAUACACCACAGCCGCUUCAACUCAAGGACUAAAGCCUUCAUGAAGAUCAUGGCUGUCUGGACCAUCUCUGUGGGGAUUUCCAUGCCUAUCCCGGUCUUUGGCCUCCAGGACAACUCCAAGGUCUUUAAGGAUGGCAGCUGUUUUCUCACGGAUGACAGCUUCGUCCUGGUGGGCUCCUUUGUGGCCUUCUUCAUCCCCUUGACCAUCAUGAUGGUCACUUACUUUCUGACCAUCAGCUCCCUCCAGAAUGAGGCUACAGUGUGCUUGGACCAGCUAGUGCCCAAGCCCAAGUGGGCUGCACCCUUUAACUUUCUGCCCCCAGGUGCCCUGUCCUCGGAGAAGCUCUUUUUCCGCCGGUCGCUUAGCGGCAGUGAGGCGGGGCCAGCGUUCGGCCGGAGGACCAUGCAGUCCAUCAGCAACGAGCAGAAGGCCUCCAAGGUGCUGGGCAUCGUCUUCUUCCUGUUCGUGAUCAUGUGGUGCCCCUUCUUCAUCACCAACGUGCUGGCCGUCAUCUGCAAGGACGCCUGCGAUCCGCACGUCACAGAGGGCCUGAUGAACGUGUUCGUGUGGGUGGGGUACCUGUCGUCUGCCGUCAACCCGCUGGUCUACACGCUCUUCAACAAGACCUACCGCUCGGCCUUCUCUCGCUACAUGCAGUGCCGCUACAAGGAGCAGAAGAAGCCGCUGCAGCUGAUCCUGGUCAACACCAUCCCGCCACUGGCAUACAGCUCCACUCAGCUGCCCCUUGGUGACAUCGCCCCCGUGAAACACAGCAGCCACACUACAGGAGGACAGGACUGCUCGGCGGCAAAUCUGGGGACGAACAAGCUGAAUUCCAGAGCAACAAAGGGUGGCAAUGAGAACACCAGCUGUGUAUGA